CGCUCUGCGCUGCGCUCACUGCCGGCUUCCUUCUGCAGCCUCACUCACAUUAUACAGCUUUCCCUCCUCAGACGCCUUAAUUUGGAAGUAAUGCUGAUUUCAAGGAUCUGCAGAAAGUUUCUAUCGUUUACGAAGGAACGGAUGGCAUGUCAUCGUCACAAUGCUGACCGUCUGUAAAGUCAUCCCUGUCUUUUGAUACGACCCUCCCUCUGGAGGUUCAUGUGUCAUCAGGACCUUGAGGCACGACCAAACACACACUGAUGUUCUCCCUCCUACAGCAGAACCUGGCAGACGUCUAAUACCUAAAAGAUUGAUGAGGUCUCAUCUCAGCAAAAGAGUCCUGGCACAGGGUUGAUAAGGCAGCUUUCAUCCGUUUAUAUUUUAUUCCCUGCCCCUUUCUUUCAUUCUUUCUCUUCUAUUUCAUAAAGCGAGGCGAAGGGGGCAGGCCUUCGGGCAUGAGAAAGGAUUAUGACAGGCAGAGGCCACUCUGCGAGAAGGACUGCGCUUUAGAAAAGAGGAAUCAUGAAAUGGCCUGGAUGGGCGUCCUUUGUUUUCUUUGACUGCUCCUUGUUUAAAUGUGGUUUGAGAGCUGAAUGGGAAAGCGAACUUGGUAUGUCGCUGUCGGACCACCUAAGCUGGAAUACAGUGAAACUGCAAAAGGAAUUGGAAGGAGCUGAAAGCAAAUGAACAAACCAACAAGAGAUUUACACACAAGACAAUGUGUAACAUCUCCUUCUGUGAUGUGGACAGUAAGGUGGACCAGUUCUUCCAGCCCACACUCUACAUCAUAGUCAUCAUCCUGGGGCUGCCGACCAACUGCAUGGCCCUGUGGGCUGCAUACAUGCAGGUACGUCAGCGCAACGAGCUUGGAAUCUACCUAAUCAACCUGUCGGUGGCCGACCUCCUCUACAUCAUCACUCUCCCUCUAUGGAUCGACUACUUUCUGCAGCACGAUCACUGGAUUCAUGGACAAGAGAGCUGCAAGCUGUUCGGCUUUAUCUUCUACACAAAUAUUUACGUCAGCAUCGCCUUCCUGUGCUGUAUAUCUCUGGACAGAUACCUGGCGGUGGCAUACCCCCUACGCUUUGUUAAGGUUCGCCGAAUCAAGACAGCUGUUUUCGUCAGUGCCAUUGUCUGGGUCAUUGAGAUUAUAGCCAACUCUGCUCCUCUCUUCCACGAUGAACUCUUCCAGGAUCGCUUCAACCACACCUUCUGCUUUGAAAAGUAUCCAAUGCAGGACUGGGUGGUAGGAAUGAACCUCUACAGAACAUUUUUUGGUUUCCUUACACCAUGGACUGCCAUGUUGGUGGCCUACAGAGGGAUACUAGCAGCAGUGCGAUGCAACGUCUCUACAGAGCGACAGGAGAAAGCCAAAAUCCAGCGACUGGCCUUGAGUUUAAUUCUCAUAGUUUUGCUGUGCUUCGGACCAUACCAUACACUCCUUUUGGUGCGCAGUGUGAUGUUUCUGCGGCAGCCGUGCGACUGUAGCUCAGAGGAGACCCUGUUUGCUGCAUAUCAUGUAUCUCUGGCUCUGACUAGCCUGAACUGUGUAGCUGACCCCAUUUUGUACUGUUUUGUCAAUGAGGGUGCCAGGCACGAUGUUAGUCGUGCUCUCUCAGCUAUUAUGUCCUCAGCAUGCCAGAGGCGCUCCUCAUCUUCACCGUCGCACGCUGACAUACUCAAUGCUGGCUCUGUCACCAUGGAGACACCUCUUUCAACUAAGAAGUCAUCCUGUGUGUAUGUUGAUGGAGGGAAGCCAAGCAGCUACAAGACAGAACUGUUGGCUAUGAAAGAGGAAUGUCUACAGAUGACAAUACUGGCUGUUAAAAAGUGAUUUCUAGGAAAACCUUGACAGGUUUAAGUCAUCCUUCUCUGGAGAGCAGAGUAUCCCCAAUACAUUAGGGGGUAUAUUUUCCUCUGCAAGGCCCUGGGGAGGUCAGAUGUGUUCAGUGGCUGUUGGUUCGUUAAGACCAGGCUUCCACUCAAAUGCCAAAAUUAGAUUUAAGUGAACCUAACAAACAGUAUGCAACACCUGAAACUGCUGCUAUUGGCUGCUAGCCUGUUAGCACAUUCAUAGCAAGUUAAAUCUGACCUGAGAGGGCCGCUAGAUGACAGCUCAUGUUCUAUGUUGAGUGUUUUUUUGUUUUCCUUUUGCAACCAAAUUUGUAAGUUGAG